AUGCUACCGGUGACACGGCCCGAGGGUCAUAUGAGCCUCAAUUAUAUUCCUACCACCCAACCCAUGUCUGGGACUUCUACUGGUCGCAGUUCUCCAAGUGAUUCGUCCGCAAAUGCUGCCAUUAAGCCUCCAUUUGGGUCGUCUACUAGUCUCAAUGGUGCUGCGGGCUCAAUUGGAAGUGCAAGAUUAGGGGCUGGAUCCCCUUCUCACGAACUUGGUGCCCGCUUAUACUCAAAACGUGCACGCGAGAUACAAGCGGAAGAAGGCGUCUCUCCGUUUUGGGGUCCUCCAACUAGCGGCCAUUCUACCCCUCUUCGUGAAAAUAUUCCCGAGUCACCCAGCCAGGAGGGGUUUCCGGACCUAGUGCCUCCUACAAGUAGUUCAGUGAACGGGCCUGCACGAAGAACCCGAGCUGGUACAGUCCCGUCUCGGUUUUCUCCAGUCGGCGUUCUCAACGAGGCGAACCUUCAGCAGCCUUUUAUGUCCCAAACUUCCCGGCCCACGCCUUCGACCAGCCCGUUCAGACCCACUGGUGUGUCAGGUAUCGACACAGGUAUCAAGCCUCCAACAACCAUGGGUGGCAGCGGCACAGGUAAUCUUUCACGCCUUCGGGCUGGCUCAAUGCCGCAACGCACCAACUACCUGGGGUCUUCAGGACCGUUCGGCCCUUCACUAUUCUCUACGAACUGGGGCACCGGCCGUGAUCGAGCAACAACCCUCACCAGUAUUAGAUCGUCCGAGGGACCGACUUCGCCUAGUCAAUCGUCGUUCUCGCGAGACGGACUCGCAGAUAGUGACGUGAAGACUUUGGACUAUCUUGGUCUCGCAGAAACCCCGCAGCAAGCUCGGGCCAAUCUUGUACGACCGUCCGUUGAUGUCCUACUCCAGCAGCAGCAGCAACAACAACAGUCGUCCUCGCUUCCCCCGCUCCUUGCUGAGCUAGCGAUGAUAAAAAACAACAGUCGCAUCCGCUCUUACUCGGUCAAUGCGAAGGAGAAGUAUGCUGAUGAUGAAGACCUCGAGUACGAAAGUCGCUACUCACAACUUCCCUCGGGAACUGUUACACCAUCCGCAGCUGCCACAGCUGCCCAGCUGGCCGCAACUCAAGCCCAGAUCCAUCAACACAACCUGGCAGUGCAGGCAUUUGCAAACCAUGCGACAGCUAAUCGACCCCGUGCAAGGACUGCAGGCAUUCUCGAAGCUCCUCCGCAGCGAUCGUCCAUUCGCAAUUAUCUUGCGACGCCGUCGCGCCUGGAGAAUAGUUUUAGUGCUGCCGAUUUGAACAUUGCCGAAACCGGUGAAUAUGAUGACCUGACAGAGGCUGUUCAAAUGAUGCAUCUAGCCGGAGGCGGUGGCGCCAACAUAGGGCUUCGCAGUACUACGGACCUGGUUGACGAGAACAACCAAGAUGGCCCAACUCGGGCCCUCUGGAUAGGCAGUAUCCCCGUUUCGACGACUGUAACAUCUCUGGAGGCUAUUUUCAGCAUGUACGGCAAAAUCGAGUCCACGCGUGUACUGACCCAUAAGAAUUGUGGGUUUGUCAAUUUUGAGCGUAUUGAGAGCGCUGUACAAGCCAAGUCUUUGCUCAACGGAAAGGAAAUCUUCCCUGGUGCUGGUCCUGUUCGAAUCGGAUACGCCAAGGUGCCUGGGUCAUCUAACGCUGGCACACCUGGAGUCAACGGUACCCAACCUUCACCAACGCCAGAUCCGAACUCGAAAUCGACUGCUCCCGAUGCAGACAAGUUCAGCAGCGGAACAAAUGUUCCCCAGCUACCUUCGCUUCCUGAUCUUCAGCCUGAAAUGGUACAGAUUGUCAAAGAAUUCGGGGCAAGUGACGAUGACGCCGCCAAGAUUACCGCGAAUAUUCAGCAGGCGAUCACCUUUCAGGAAUUUAACGACGAGAUUCCGUCGAUCCCCGAACCGAAUCAAACUAGAAUGUUUGAUGCCCCUCGCCUUCGUGACAUUCGCAAAAGGAUCGAUAAUGGAGCCUGUUCAAUCCAGGAAAUUGAGGAGACGGCGGUGGCAAUGCUCCCGGAAAUCGCGGAGCUUGCUUCCGACUAUCUAGGUAACACCGUUGUUCAGAAAUUAUUUGAGUUCUGCUCCGAGCCUACGAAAGAACAAAUGUUAGUUCCGAUCGCACCUCAUUUAGGUGAAAUUGGCGUACACAAGAAUGGUACCUGGGCAGCACAAAAGAUUAUCGAUGUUGCCAAAACGCCGAUGCAGAUGCGGAUGAUCGUUGACGCUCUUCGACCGUACACUGUGCCUCUAUUCCUGGACCAAUACGGGAACUAUGUCCUCCAAUGCUGUCUGCGCUUUGGGUCCCCCUACAAUGAUUUCGUGUUCGAAACUAUGCUAAGCCGGAUGUGGCAGGUCUCGCAAGGACGAUUCGGAGCUCGAGCUAUGCGUGCCUGUCUUGAAAGCCAUCAUGCUACGAAGGAUCAACAACGAAUGCUUGCAGCAGCGAUCGCUCUUCAUAGUGUGCAGCUCGCCACCAAUGCGAACGGCGCUCUAUUGCUUACUUGGUUCUUGGAUACCUGCACCUUCCCCCGCCGUCGCACUGUGCUGGCGCCGAGAUUAGUUCCUCACCUAGUGCAUCUAUGCACACACAAGGUUGCGUAUCUGACGGUUCUCAAGGUAAUCAAUCAACGGAACGAGCCUGAGGCUCGUGAAAUUGUGUUGAAAGCCCUAUUUUUUAGUCCAGGGGACGAGGUGCUGGAGAAGAUCCUGAGCGACCAAACCUCGGGUGCCACAUUGAUUUUUAAGGUUCUAACAACACCAUUCUUUGAUGAGUCGAUGCGAGCAGAAGUCGUAAAGAACGUCUCAAAGGUUCUUACCAAACUCAAAGCCACACCAAGCCAGGGUUACAAACGUUUAAUGGACGAAGUCGGUCUGUCCGCGCGGGGUAGCUCUCGUGAUAAUCACCACAGUCGUGAGGGUACUGGCCACGCUUCCAACCCCGAGAAGCAACAGCAUCGGCCCACUUCCCGACAAGCGUCUUCCAAUUAUCCUUCGCAGCCGUCCAUGGAUAGGCAGUAUAGCGGACAGUUUCCUGCUAUGAAUCAAAACCUUGAUGGAGCCCGGUCUUUGCCAACCGAACAGCCUCAGAAUACAGGGAAUUUUGAGCCUUACCCUGCCAACGGCAUUGGUGGCCUUGGUUCUACCGGCGCCAUGAAUGCUUUGAAUGGGAUCGGCAGCGUUAAUGGGGCCAAUUUCGGCCAGGAUCCUAUGAUUCCUCUCGCACAGCAACAGAUGCAGUAUCAAGCAUUCCUAGCCGCACAAUCUCGGGGUGUAUCACCAGGUGGCCUCUAUCCGCCUUUGGGAAAUUCUAACUAUGGAUAUCCCGCUGGAUCGGACAACCUUCGGGGUAUGCAAAGCCAACCCGGUCCCAUGUCGUCAGCCCCAGGCCAAAUAAAUCCGGGCCCAUUGCUCAACCAGUCACCUUAUGCUCCUCAACAAUUCAGCCCUGUCAUGGGAUCAGCCCAGAUGUAUCAGUAUCCUCCUCAGUUUUACUCUCAAGCACCCCCUGUACAAGGACAGCCGUCUGGGGGACGACGCGGACGUCUAUUGAACGUAGCACGUGACAUUCCUGAUGCGGCUGCCCCAUCUUUAAUGAACGACGACAUAGUCCCAGUUACUGGUUAUUAUCAUUAUAAUUUGCUCGUCCGUUUGCUGUGGGAAAGUGCCACGGCAACCUGUUGCACCCUGAUUAUGCCUACAAACGGCGACAUCGGUCGAGCAUCGCCGGCCGCAUCGGGCUCCAGAAACUUCAUCGAUGCAUCGGGAUUCAAGUUCUCCGAGAAGGAUACCAAGCCGGGCAAGAUCAAGCUAAAGAAGGCAGGGAAACUAGGGAAAAAGAAGGACAACAAAGAGCCACCCAAUUCGCCUGGCUCAUCGCCGAUCCUGCCGGAGAUCGAUGAGAAGACGAUGUCUGUUUUCCCCACGGGGAAACCGCGUGAAGAAGACCACAUCGAGACUGUAGUUUGCAAGACUUGCAAGAGGCCGGUCCUCAAGCAGAAUGCUGCAGAGCAUAUCAGGGGGUGUAUAAGGGCGAAGCAGGAGAAGGCGCGGAAGAAGAAGGAGGCCCGGGAUGCGGCUAAUAGGGCCAAGGCCGGAGAGAAGGAGGGCGAUGAGGAUGGCGCCGGUGGCGAUAAGGGUGACGGAGAUGAUUCGGUGAAGGCCCAGAAAAGCGCAAAGAAGAGUGCUGUCAAGGGUAUGGCGGAAGAUGGGACAAAGAAAGGCAAGAAGCGCAAGGCGGAGGGUGAUGAUGAUAACAAGGACAAGGAGCCGAAGAAGAAAAAGAAGAAGGAAGAACAGAAACCAAAGGCGCCGAAACCGAAAGGCCCUGUUGAUGUUGAGAAGCAAUGUGGUGUUCCUUUGCCGAAUGGUGCCCAGUGUGCCCGGUCGUUAACUUGCAAGAGUCAUUCCAUGGGUGCAAAACGUGCCGUGCCUGGACGGUCAUUGCCGUAUGACAUGUUACUCCAGGCAUAUCAGAAGAAGAACCAGGCUCGUCAGCAGAAGGCGGCCAUCGACGCAAACGCACCGCUCCAAGACGACUUGGAGAACAAUGGUCCUGUCGACUCAGACGAAGAAAAAGAUGCUGUCAUGGCGGCGAUUUCGCGCUCCCAGCCACAACCGAUGGUCAGCCACACGUUGAUAUCUACCAAGAAGAAAUAUCAGUAUGUACGAAUCAAGGAGAUGCUUUCGCAUGCGCUGGGUGGAGCCCGCGGUGGUGGGCUCUUUUCAACUGGCGACCAAGUCAACAGUCCAAUCGAGGGGAAUCUCUUCCAGCCGGUGGACGAUAUCGAUAUAGCAGAUGCUCCAGGCGAUAUUGACUUGGAUAAUACCAACCUAACCACGCCGGAUAUUGCGAGGAAAACUCCGGUAGCGGCAGGUUCAUAG